AUGGCCAACAUUCCGCUUCACUGCAACAUUUGCCCCAAGAAGCCAAACUUCAGCGAUGUCUCGCAUCUACUCACCCACAUCGCCAGCAAAGGCCACUUAUCCAACUACUACAAGGUCAAGGUCCGCUCCACCAACGAGGAUGCAUCCCGCCGGCUCAUUGAGACGUACGACCAGUGGUAUGCCGAAUGGGCUGUCGAAGAGCUCAUGUCGGACCGGAUGAAUCAGAAGGACAAACGCCGUACUCGCGCGAGACCCGCUGGUACAGCUACCUCCUGCAUCCGAUUGUACUUGAGACUGAUACUGACUACACCUGAAGCAGCCCGGCCGGCGCCUCCGCUCAAGAUCGAGGCCCCCGCGCCACGUCCUGUACGUCGCGCCGCCGCAAGCGCUCUCCUCGAUCCACGCCUGUCGGAGCAGCAGCACACGAUGAUCAAGCUAGAGCAGUCGCCUUCUCCGACGCCGCAACCUCUCGGCCCGGUCCUCCGCAAUCGCAAUACCCUCGCACCUCAUAUGCAGUACUGGCCUACAGAGUCUCGGGCCAGCUCUCGCAGCUAUACCAACCCAGACUAUGAUACUUCCAGUGAAUACUCCGAUCCGAACGAGCAGCGUCGGAGGUCAUACCGGUACAACGCUGCGGCUUCGUGUGCCAUUGAAGAUGAACCUGCUGAGGUUGCAGAUCCGAUGGCUGUCAGCGAGUCGACCAAACUCAAAGGUGUCUACUGGCCUGGCAUGGACAUCUUCGACUCUGCUACCCCAGAGAUGCGGCGCAAGAGGAACCAGAAGAAGGACAGCUCUGUCGUCGAACAGCUGGAGCUCAACUCCCAAGUAGUCGAAGCAACUGAGCUCAUCUUCACACCGUUGGGAUCUUUCAAACGCCAGCGCAGGAUCUCGUGCUCGGAGUCUGACGAAGAGGACGAGGUCGAGAUCAAGACUGAGAGCCCCCAGCCCGUACGUCGGCGACCUGCACUCGCCAGUCUUGAUGCAAACACUACUCGCCGCUCUACUAGACAGUCCAAGCGGCCCGUAUUUCCUGUCCUCAGCCGCAACCAAUACGAUGAUGAUCGCGGCCGUCCUGGCUACGACCAUGGCCGCAACAACCGUGCUCCGAAGCGGAAGCAGUUUGACGUUUACCAAGACGAGGAUGACGUUCCAUUCUCGCAGCCCAAUGGCAUGAACUAUCUUACAUCUGGCUUCACUCACCAAGCAUCUCCAUCUCCUGCACCUGCAUUCAACUCUUACAAACCCUUCAACGACCCGUUCCAGUAUGAUAACAAGGAGAACGUUCUACCUUCGUUCCAUCAAACGGCUUAUGGUAACUUUCAUGGCCAUCAGAACAACGCCUACCAGUAUCCCACCUACUCGUACGGCAUUGGGCCUGAUCAACAGGCCUUCCAGUACACCAGCCAUCUCUACAACACCGCAAGCGCCUACCAGCAACAGGACCAAGAUGACGAUGACCAACGUACCAUCACAGCUCCACCUUCACCGUCUACAAGCUAA